AGAUCGUUGUUCUGGUUAAGACAGUGGAGCGACUCGGAUCCCUGUACAGGUGGAAUUUAUCAAAAUGCAUAAAAGAGACAGGAGCUCAUCAGCAGGUGCAGUAUUUUACAAGUCAAUCACAAAUGCACAAGAAAUCAGGUCUGGAUACUUGCUUAAGUCUCCUCCUCAAUGGCGUUUGAAAUCAGAGUGGAAGAGACGUUUCUUUGUGCUUUACAAAGCCCCAGAGAACGACUAUCAGCUCAGGUACUACAAAAGUGCAGAGGACCAGGUCAGCCCGCUCGGAGGCAUAGAUAUGACACAAAUCUCUCUGUUAUAUGAAAAUCCUCAACAUCACCAGAAAUGGCAGUGGGUGCAGAAGAAUUUUAAAUGUUCCCCAUCAUGUGUGGUGUACCUCAGGGCAGGGGGCCGGGACUACUUCCUUAUUGGGGAGACCAGCACGGAGGCAGAGGGCUGGUUCGCUGACCUGUUUGAAGCCAUGAAAAAUCGCUCUCAGAAACUUCUCACAUCAGAGGAAAUCAGCAAUGGGCAGCCAGUCAUUGAUAUAAUUUCAAACCCUCUUCACCGGAGAAAAUUUUCUGCCCCAGAGCUAAAGGUGCCUUUCCUUGCAAAGAAAGAAGAUCAGAAUGAUGCCAGCAAACUCUUGUUGCCAUCUUCAUCAGUGAAGCUUAGGUCGUUUUCGGAUCCUUCCUCCAAUGCUGCAGAAGGGAACGCCGAAGAACUGGGGGAAGAUCAUUCCAAGAGACCGAUCUCUCAGCCUGUAAAUUCAGACUAUGACUAUCCCAAGUCACGCCAAAAGAGAGCCAGUGUACUGCGGGCAGGCAGCAUGGAGUCACUGUAUGAAUCAAUGCUGGAAUUGAAAAGCGUCCUGAACUCAUCUGAGCCAAACAAUCGUGAAGUUGAAGUGAUUGGCAACAGCACCCUGAUGAGGUCCAUCACUGACAUCUACAUCAAAUACAAUUCUCCACCUCCGACAUUAAAUGAGGCAUCUGCUGAAAAUGGAGAAGACAAACGUCGGUCUUCAGAUUUCAGCGGCAGCUCCAGUGGCGCCGUCUCACCUGUUAAUGUAUUGGAGACGAAUUCGGAAAGACGAGGCUCCACUCGGAGCCUUGAGAGGGAUUUCAUGGUGAAUCUGCAGGGUUUGAAGAACGAUCUCACACUCACAGAGGUGGAAGGAAAGCCGAGUGUGUCUGGCUGGACUGGAGAGCCGCAGUCCGUCUGCCUCUUCCACAAGGGAGACCGAGUCGUGGCGGUAAAUGACCUGCAAGCCGACAGCGUGGAGGACUUCUACUUGUUUAUCAGCAAGUCGAUGAAGGAUGAGGUGAAAGUGACCGUCCAGCGUCAGCGUGGAUGCCAGCCUCUGCAUUGGUCAAACUCUCCCUGCAGUGACUGAGGCACAGACUGAUCACUGCUGACAACUUCAAUGAGUUAAAAUGAAGGAUCUCAUAUGUCAAACUCAAGGCCCGGGGGCCAAAUACAGCCCGCCACAGCUUUUUAUGUGGCCCUUUAGACUCUAAAGUGGCACAUAAUAGAACCGUGAAGUUGACAGUGGGCUUAAAUAUUAUUUUAUCAAUCAAUUCAAAGCAAUUUUUAUCUGUUUACUGUCAAAUUGCACCAAUUAGUCCCUCCAGUUUUUUGUGAAAUAUUGCUGAAAUUCACAAUAAAUAAUCAAAAAAUCAAAAAAUUCCUGCACUUUCUCGUAUUAAUGGGUAAUUAUUUAUUGUAGAUUUUCCACAGAAAUGGUGAAAAACAUUGGAUCUGAGUGACGGUUUACUCCCACCUGUAGGUGGCAGUAUUUUUUGCUUCUACUAAACAGCUGUGUGAUCCUUACCUAAUGUUGAGUUAUAAUCCAAAAAGUCGCGUUUGACAUCAUAAAUAAGCGCAAAUAUUUCUAAAUUACUACAAAAACAAUCACAACAUCCUGGAGGGACUAAAAAGAUGUUCACUACUAUUUAAUCCUAAGAAUUUAUUCUUAAGAUUAAGAAUAAAUUGGGUUUAUUAAUAAUAAAUUGGGUUUAAGAAUUAAUUGGGUUUUAUCAAUACAUUCUGGCACAACCGGCCCUUUAAGAACAUUCCUGAUCUUGGAAAAUGAGUUUGACAUCCCUGUAUAUGUUGUAUAUAAACAGAUCAACAUGAUUUUUGUUCUAUUUCCAGUUUAUGUCUGCUUAUGUCUUCAACAGGUAAACGUCAUACUGAAAUAUACUUCCUGUUAAUACCAGUUUCUUUAUGCAAGCUCCAGAGUAACAGAGGGGAACUUACAUUACGCUAGCCAUGCUUUCUUUGUUUGACGUCACCAUAGAUAUAAACAAUAAGAAGGAAAAAUCUCUUGUCAAUAUGGAAAGUCCCAUUUUUUUCUGCUUAUUGUGGAUGCCAGUCAGAAUUGCUUGUGCAGUGAAACCACAGAUAGGAUUUCCUAAUUUUUUAUUUCAACUAAAAGGGAAUCCCAGUAUAUAAUAAGAUUGCUUUCAUGCAUUAUGUUACUCUUCUCCCUGGGGUUGAGGCAUCUUUCUAAGGAAUCACCCAGUGAAUACCCUGUUCCCAGUAGCACAGACAGAGCGGUUUGCUAACCAACAAGAUGUUAUACAUAUCUUCUUGUUGAUAAGUAUUACAAAAAGAAAGAUUGACACACUUUUGAUUUUAAGUGUGACAUUGUUUUGUUUUUCAUAGAUGCAUUCUCUCAGCAAUUAGCUGCGAUGUAAAGUGAAAAGUACAGAAAGAGAACAGUAUUACAUGUCUUAUAACACUUAGGGGUCGGUAAUAUGAAGAUAAAAUCGUAUCAUGCCUUACAGUUAUGUGCCACAGUUUUUUUAAACACACUAAACAAAAAAAUAAUCACUUAGGCACUUUUUGCAAGAUCUAACUGAAUUGUGGAAACUUAGCUUUUUGCAUUUCGUCUAGCAUAGAGUUGGAUACCAUGCUGUACUUUUUACUUUUACCCGAGUACUUGUAUUAUGAAGUAUUUCUACUCUUACUAGAUUAAAAUUUCUGGAUUUUCUAUCCACUGAAUGAAGAACAAACAUGCUUUAACCAAAAAUUCACCACACAGACCUGUGAUUUUUGUUAAAGUUUUGUAAGUUUUUUAUUAAAAGAAACUGAUUUGGAAAACAUUUAUUUUGGCCAAUUUUGUUAUUUUUUGUUACCUAUAUGAAUUACUGUGAAAAAUAUAUACAUGCUGUUAUAUAUAUAUGCUUUAUAUCGAAUAAAUUCUUUGCAACAGGUGUUGGCAAUUUUAUUUGUCCUGGGAAAGAUUAAUGUGCGAUUUUUGUGUAAAAGGAUUAUGAAUAAAAUUAAUUAAUAAGCAA